UCCCUCUGGUUAGGCCUACAACUCGAAAGAGUUUCAAAAUUCCAAAUUUCAUAUUUUUCUAAUAUUGCAAUAGAUCAAUAAAAUGACUGCAAGAAAACCGUUGGGUCCUGGUCCAGGAGCCUAUCAGCUGCCUACACUUGUGGGCUAUGAAAAGCAUGAUAACCGUAAGCUGCGCAAUCCGCAAUACUCCUUUGGAGCGCGCACAAACAUGCUUGGGGCUGAUCCUGGCCCAGGACCGGGUGCUUAUCAGGUGGAUAAGUGGACUCGUUAUGGCAAAGGAGGAGGCCUACAGUAUACAAUGGCUCCUCAGACUAGAAUAAUAGAUAAACGAGUUGCUCCUGGUCCUGGCGCACAUGACGUGCAUAUAAAGCCUUUCCACAAGGGUGUCAAUGCGCCAGCGUAUUCAAUAGCAGCACGGAAUGACUUUAGCUUCAAGAAAUACGGGCCCGGCCCGAGUGCUUACAAAUUUGAAAUACAACCAAUCCGACCGCAAGCACCCAUUUACAGCAUGGGUAUUCAAACAAAACUUAAUCGCAAAGGCGAUUCGCCUGGUCCAGCUGCUUAUGGUGCCACCGAUAUUAAUGUCAAAUUGAAUCGUGCGCCCCAGUAUUCGAUGCGACCCCCGUGUUAUAUUAAAGGAGAAAAUGUUGGUCCUGGCCCAAUUCAUUAUAAUCUAAUGUAUUAUCGUCCAGGCAAAACAAGACCUGCAUAUUCGUUCGGUGUGCAUCAUUCGCCUUAUGCCCCACCCAUGAUUGUUAGAUGUGACAAUAUGUAAUUUUGCAAUAUUAGAAAAAUAAAGUCAAUUUUUUACGUAUAA